UCCCGUGACUAAAUUUUAUAAAAGCAGCGAGUAAAACCGUUUAAACUCAGUUGUCAGCAGCCAGCCAGUAAAAAACCCCGAGAGAGGCCAGCACGGAGCGAAUUGCUUUAAAUUAAAUUUAUAAUCACCCUAAAACAAACACAAAAAACAAAGCAAAAUGUCUUCAGAAGUAACCAGCUCCGACAACCCCAUCUAUGGCCCCUUCUUCGGUGUUAUGGGCGCAUCGUCCGCCAUCAUCUUUUCGGCACUCGGCGCAGCUUAUGGCACUGCUAAGUCUGGUACCGGUAUCGCUGCCAUGUCAGUGAUGCGUCCCGAACUGAUCAUGAAAUCCAUCAUUCCUGUUGUCAUGGCGGGUAUCAUUGCCAUCUAUGGUUUGGUUGUCGCUGUGCUCAUUGCUGGUGCGUUGGAAGAGCCCUCAAAGUAUCCCCUGUUCAAGGGCUUUGUACACUUGGGCGCCGGUUUGGCGGUGGGCUUCUCCGGCCUGGCAGCCGGUUUCGCGAUCGGUAUCGUUGGUGAUGCGGGUGUGCGUGGCACAGCACAACAGCCAAGACUGUUUGUCGGCAUGAUUCUGAUUCUCAUUUUCGCCGAAGUGUUGGGUCUCUAUGGCUUGAUUGUGGCCAUUUACCUGUACGCGAAAUAAAUCAAUCGCCCACAACAACAGCAAACAGCAAACCGACAAACAGCCCAGCAAUCGGCAAUAAACAAAAGCAGGUAGAACAACAACGCCAACCGGCAACCACACCCCACCAUCAGCACUCACCCAUUCACACAUUGUGCAGCAGUAGCAGCAGCAGCAGCAGUCCUGGCGAUCGGUGCCUGUAUCAGCUUUAGGUAGACUUCGAGCAGUGCCGUUUGUAUAUAGCAAAAACAACAACAAGAACAAAAAAAACAAUUUCAUAUUCACUGUAUCUGCAUCUGCGGAUUAGUGCUGGUGUGUGUUGCCACAUAUUUGGCAUGCAAAUGUUGUCCGCCAUUUGCUGGUGCAUUGUUCGUUCAGUUUAGUUUUUAUUUUCCGUUCAAAUCUGUCAAUCAAUUUGCAGUUAAGUUCAUAAAGUUGUACAUUUCUUAUGAUUUACUUUUCAAUAUCAA